GUCCAAAUUGUUUCCUCAACAUUCAUCGAUCUCUUCCAAAUUUUCAUCUCAUCUAUAUUUCUUUCUUUCUUUCUUUCUUUCUUUUAGCUCUUCUCAACUAUCUACUCAAAAAUCCUAAUGGCUCUUAUGACCAGCAAAAGAGUCACCCACCAACGCAAGAACUUUGAAGUCUUCUUAAGUUUUAGAGGUGAAGAUACCCGCCUUUGUUUUACAGGUUAUUUGUAUCAGGCUUUGGAUCGUAAUGGUAUUAAUACCUUCAUUGAUGAUAAACUCCCAAGGGGAGAAAACAUUUCUGAGGAACUUCUCAAGAUUAUUGAAAACUCAAUGAUUUCAAUAAUUGUAUUUUCUGAAAAUUAUGCAUUUUCCACCUGGUGUUUGGAUGAACUUGUCAAGAUUAUCGAGUGUAAGAAGAAUGACCAAAUGGAGGUGCGACCAGUUUUUUACAACGUGGAUCCAUCAGAUGUACGUAACCAAAAGGGAAAAUUUGGGGAAGCCCUAGCUAAACAUGAAGAAAAAUUUAAGGAUAAUAAGAAGAUUCAGAGGUGGAGAGAAGCUCUACAUGAAGCAGCUAAUAUAACUGGUUGGCACUACAAUCAAUGCAACCCUGAAUCCCAUUUUAUUGAAGACAUUGUCAAAGAAGUCUCAAAUGCUAGAUUCAAUUGCUCGCCAUUAUUUGUUACUAGAUAUCCAGUUGGAAUAAAUUCUCGUGUAAAAGCCAUGCUUUUAGAUAUUGAGUCAAAUGAUGUUCACAUGGUAGGGAUCUAUGGCCCUGGUGGAAUAGGUAAGACCACAAUUACAAAAGCUAUUUUUAAUAGAAUUUAUGAUCGUUUUGAAGGAUUUAGCUAUCUAGAGAACAUCAGAGAAAAGUCAAUGACAAGUGAUGGCAUAAUCAAACUACAAGAAACACUUCUUUUUGAGAUCUUAGGGGAUAGAAAUUUGAAGGUGGACAACAAAGAUAGAGGAAUCAAUGUUAUAAAGAAAAGCCUUUGUUGUAAGAGGAUUCUUUUAGUUAUUGAUGAUGUGGAUAAUUUGGAACAAAUAGAAAAUUUGCUUGGAGAAUCUGAUUGGUUUGCUUAUGGGAGUAAAAUCAUUAUAACAACAAGAGACAAACAAGUGCUAUCUAGUUUUGGAAAAGGUCAUUCAACCCACAAGGUUCAAGAACUAAAUGAUGAUGAAGCUCUCGAACUCUUUAGUAUGUAUGCCUUCCGUAAAAAUGAACCUAAGAAAGGUUAUUGGGAACUUGCCCACCAAUUUAUACGCUAUGGCGAAGGUCUUCCAUUAGUUCUAAAAAUAAUGGGUGCAGAUUUAUGUGGAAGGCCUAAAUGUGAAUGGAAAAGUGCAUUAGAUCAGUAUAAAGAAAUUCCUAACAAAGAAAUUCAGAAAAAACUCAAAAGAAGUUAUGAUGGAUUGGGCGAAACUGAACAAGAUAUUUUCCUUGAUAUUGCAUGUUUCUUUAAGGGACUUGAUAAGGAUUAUGUUGUCGAUAUACUAGAAGGUUGCAAUUUAUACCCAAUUUAUGGUAUUAAAAAACUUAUUGAUAAGUGUCUCAUAAUUGUUGAUCGAUUUAACAAAUUGAUGAUGCAUGGCUUAAUUCAACAAAUGGGUUGGGAAAUCGUUCGACAACAAUCACCAAAAAAGCCCAAAAAAUGUAGUAGGAUAUGGCGUUAUGAGGAUGCUGUUAGCGUGCUAACUGAAGAUGAGGGAUCGGAUGAAAUUCAAGGCAUAAUGUUGUGCUCGCCUGAACCAAUAAAGAAGCAAUUCAAAGUUGGAUUUUCUAAGAUGAAGAAUCUCAGGUUGCUUAUAGUUCGCAAUGUACACAUUUGUGGAGAUCUUGAAUAUCUUCCUAACGCAUUAAGGUUGCUUGAUUGGAAUGAAUAUCCUUCAUCUUCCUUGCCAUCCACUUUUUGUCCUCACAAAAUCGUUGCACUUAAGAUGCCACAGAGCAACAUUAGAUUGGACAAGCUUCUCAAGAGCUUACAAUCCAAAACCCUGAAAUAUAUGGAUUUUCGCUCUUGUAAAUACAUUACGAAAUUACCGGACUUAUCAACGUCCACCCCAAACCUAAAAGAAUUGGUUCUUUCUGAUUGUAAUAAUUUAGUGGAGGUUCAUCAAUCUGUUGGACGUCUUGAUAAGCUUGUAGUAUGGAACCUCAAGGGUUGCUCUGAACUUCAACUUCUUCCAGAUUGCCUCAUGAUGAAAUCUCUUGAAUAUUUUAAUGUUUUAUACUGCUCAAAGCUUAAGAAGUUCCCUAACAUUCAUUCAAAGAUGAAAAGAUUAAAGUAUUUAGAAAUGGGAGAGACUAGUAUUAGUGUGUUGCCACCAUCAUUUGGGAAUCUCACUCUGCUCAGGACCAUACUCUUCGGUUCCUUUGACCAUAUGUUACAUCUUCCAAGUAGCAUCUAUGAAUUGCAACAUCUUUCCGAUCUUGGUCUUUAUGGCACUGUCAUAUUUCCAAAGGAUUUCAAUUAUAUAUUUCCAAGCUUGAUCAAACUAACACUAAGCUUUUUUGAAAUUCGUUAUGAAGUAGAUUUUAUUUUGACUUCGUGUUGCACCCACACAUUGAAAUAUUUAUACAUAUACAAUAGCAAUGUUGUUACCCUCCCAGAAAAAAUUCUCGGUUUUACUAGUUUACAUACACUUCAUAUUGAGGGGUGCAAAUUGCUUCAGAAAAUUCCAAGGCUUCCACGAAGCAUAACAAAAGUACAUGCAUUAAACUGCAUAUCCUUGGAUUCACAAUCAUCAAGCGAAUUAUCGAAUCAGUUCGAAGGAAUUUUAGGACAUUCACUAAGUUUUUCAAGUUUCGGAGGGUUCAAGAAAACCUGCAGGCACUUCUCCCAAGAAUACGCUUUCAGGAAUUCUGAUGAAGAUGAGUGUAACGGAUUAUGGUUCUCCUCAUCUGACUUCUCUGUACUUGUAACUGAAUUCCAUCAACGUGAAACUAAAUACUUGAAUUCUGAUCUUGAAGACACUAGAUGUGGCUAUGAAAUUGUUGUACCAGGGAAUAUGAUUCCAUUGUCGUACACGGAACAGAGUGGAGGUUCCAUAUCAUUUUGGAUUGGAUCAGAAUUUCACACACUUGCUCUCUGCUUUGCUUUUGGUAUGCCGAAGGGAAUUAAUUACAGUUAUGUUUGUGAUGUCCACAUUUCCAUCAAUGGUUUCAAACGGGAGCUCAAAUCGCAACUCUUUGAAGAAAUGAACAUUGAUCAUCUGUGGUUUUAUUUUAUACCUGAAAGCUCAUUGCAGCAGUUAUUCAUAGACUUGAAUCUAGAUUCCCGGAAUUUUGUUAAGGUUUUAUGUAGAAUCUCUUGUUGGACUAGUGAAAGCACAAAAUUGCCUCCUAUAAUUAGAAGGUGCGGGGUUCGUGUAAUUUGCAGUUGCGGUGAUAGACAUAUUCGGCGGUGGGCGGCAAAUGAUGACCUUGACUUCAAUCCAUAUCCACUUCAAUCCAUAUCCACUAUAUCCUCGUUUCCAUAGGGAAACGGAUCCUCUCCAUUUCCUUUGAAAUGGAGAGGCCUCCAGUACACGGUCAGGAUUUUUCUGAAAACGGAUCCACGCUCAAAAACUGGACACGUCAUAAACUUAACCCACAUAAACUUAACCCAAACCAAAUGAACUUAACCCAAGGUUAGAUCAGCCUAUUCUUUUCUCUCAUCAACCCAUUUGAAAUUUCAAAGUUCAAACUCUCAUCUCCAACUCUCAUCUCCGAGGAUUUUCUCUCAUCUCCAACUCUCAAAGUUGUUUCUCUUCUUUUCCCUCCUAGGCCUUGCACAAUCUUUUUCAGAGUUGAGACACAGAGUAACACAGAGAUUUUGGAAAGAGAAAAGAGAAGAAAAAAAUGAAUACUCCUCACGGCACCGAUCCAAGCAGGAAGCAUUGACGGCACUGUGUUCCGCUCCACCGCUAGCAGCCACCGUGUUCCGCUCCACCAAUUUCGGCUGUGGUUCUGAUUGUUAUUGGCCGAGCUUCAUCUUGCAACCACACUACUGCCGGCGGCGGUGCAUAUAGACGGUGUUUACACCAUUGGUGGCCGCUGGAUAAAAUGUUUUGAUACAUUCCAUGAUCUAAGACACAUUCAGAAAAGAGCAUAGCAGCUAAGACACAUUACAUGACAGUGCUACAUAAAGAAAAGGUUGACAUAAAAAUUGCUAAGAAUAUGUAGUGUUGGUACUCUGCCAGGAAAAUAGUAGCUCUAUCAAAGAUGGCCUUCGGUUGUAACUUGUAACUGAAUUUUUUCGAAGUAGAAUGUGAUGUCUGAAGAAAGAAGUGCACUGCUGAAAGGGAGAAGAUUACGUGGAAGACUUGGCAUUGUGGAUAGCUAUUGCCGUGGGUGGAUAGCUAUUGCAUUUGAAAUUCAUAUUUGGAUUACUAAGGAGUUGUUGUUGCAUUCAUAUUUGAAUUAUGUUAUUUAGAUAAAGUUAUACCUAAUUUGGUACUUAUAUUUGAGUUUCUAUGAAGUUGAGUCCCUUUUGGAUUAUCUGUUAGUAUUUUGAAUAUUCAUAGGAGUAUCUAUUGUUAUUUGUUUGUUAUUUGGAUUCCUAAGGCUUGUAUUUAACGUAG